UGGCGUUCUGACUGCUACUUAGAAACCUUCUCCGUGGGAGGGGUACGACGCGAAAAGAGGAAACGCAAUAAACCGGUGAAAAAUUUAUACAGAAGCCGUCAUACAGUUUUCGCUCAUUGUUGUCUGAAACAAUAUAUACAGUGCAGUGCUAAUCAAGGAUAAUGGCCAACUGCAUGAAUGAAAAUGACUGUGGGAAGACGUUGGUCUCUUUAUCUUUCAUUUUAACUACCUCCUUGGUUUUAUUUCUUGUUGAAGGAUAUGAAAUAGAAAGCUGCAAUCUUAUUGAAUGCCCUCACAGAACAAGAUCUUUCGCUUAUUAUGAGUCAGGAGAUGGAACUUUUAGACUAUGUAGAAAACUCAGAAAAAUAGUACCUUGUGCAGAUAAUUGUUUGCGCACAUUCUUUCCAGAUUUCUUUCCUGAAUCUCAUGUCAGUCAUGGUUUUCUGAAAGAACUAUGUGAUGGACCUCUAAUAAGCCAGCUAGAUAUUCAUUGGGAUUGUAUAAAGAAGCAUUUUUACAGAUUACUCACUUGCAUUUCUGUUUCUGGAAGCAUGACUGCGAAUGCAAGAGCUGAAAGUGACUAUACAAAAAUAAUUUCUUGCAAAAAAGUGUUUAGUAUUCUGAAUUGUCCACAGCUGGUUAUGGAAAAUUCAUGUGAAGAGGAAGCUAUUGAAGUGUUGAGAAAUAUACUGAGAUUACUUCUUCAUAAUUCUAUGUCGUCAUGUGUUUCUGUAUCACUACAGGAUACAGCUGUACCUGUGUCAUAUCGCUUAGGAAAGACAUUUAUCAAAAUAGCGUCUUGUAUGGAUAAUAAUCAGGAAGUUGUGGGUAAUUGCUUAGAAGGACAUAUUCAAACAACUUAUCAUUUGGAAAAAUAUGCAUUUGGGGAGGAUCUCCGCGUAGAUAGUUGUAUUCAGUCUUCAUUGUCACAUGAAUGUUCUGUGCAGAAACCCAUGGGCGGAAUUUUCCCUUCAUUAUUUUUGUAUGGGAAAAACAUCAAAAAUAUUUCCCAAGAUAAUAAAUAUUCUCUAAAUGAUCUAUUUUCUAGUCAUGUGAUGACCAAUCAGUCAGGUGUAGCUGUAAAAGGACUUGCUGAGUCGGAUAAUUCUAAUGGUAUGACUGAAUCACAGAGUAUUUCUUUCAUGGAAGGUCUACAUGACGGAGACAUGUCUUUACCUACUAGAACUACUCCAUUUCUUCAUGAGACAGAGAAACCCAUACCUACCACCGUCAAUGGAUCUGUGUCAUCUAAAGUUCCACAUUCGUACAAAGUAUUUACAUAUUCCAAAGUACUUCUAAAAACAACGUUAGUAACUACGUUGAGGAAAGCUUCUUUCUUUUUGAAUACUGUUUCCAAUGAUACACAUUCAGAUGCAGUGAAUAUGUUGAAUGCAUCUUAUAAAUCUGAUUUAAAUGAAAUUAAAGGCAAAAAAUUCAAUAAUUUUCAAUAUACAGCACAAGAAACCAAUCAUUAUAUUUCUGGAGCAAAUUUAAGGUUUUCACAUAUAUGUAUUUUAAUAGUGAUAGAAACUAUUUUACGAAACUUGUAUAACUUGUGAGUAUUUCCAUUUUAUUUAUAAUAAGCAAGUUUAAUUCAUUCCAUAGAAAGAGUCUUGUUUUCCGCAUCACAUUGUCUGGUAUAUUUAUACGAAACUAUACAAAUUCAUUUUGUAACCGGCUCGGUUCCUAUUUUUUUAGUAUGUGUGUGUGUGUGUGUGUGUUUUUUUUUUUUUAAAGAUGCCUUCUUUUAGUAUGUGUGCGUGUUUUUUAAAGAUGCCUUCCCUAAUUUAUAUGUCUUCUGUUUCAUCAUGAAGUUUUAUACAAAUUUCUAAAUGUUCGGCUUUUGUCAUGUUAUUAAGAAUUUAAAAAAUUAUUUUGUAAUUAUUUUUACUUCAUUGUGUGAAUUUAAAACAAUCUGUCUUCAAUAAACUGACACAAUUCAUUUGGGGACACUCCACUUGCUACUUCCACUUGCUUGUUAUUUUCAUGGGAUGAAAAUAACAUCGCAAUCUCGGCUGCUUCGGAUGGUUGUGGUCGUUUGAAUAAAAGGCCAUCUCGAGGGUUUUUGCCUUCAAAGGGUUAAACACACCUGUGUCGUAAUCGCAUGAACCUAUGGGACAGGACUCUUACCAAAAUAUCCUUCAUGCAGCAGUCAUGCUCUCACUAGGCUUUCAAAGCAAACACAUGUUCUUUACCACUCCACUGUUUCAUUAUUACUAAAUAGCAAAAGGCUUCUCAAUGAUGUCCUAAAUAAUUCCCACCGCUACAGAAUUGUUAACAAUACGUUUAAAAAUACCCAUUUCCAGCGCCAUGCAGGAUUUCCUUUUCUGAAAAGUCACAGCAAGAAUGAAAUAACGCGGAGUAAUUAAUCUUAAUACGUGGCAAGUAUUCCUUCGUAAAAACGGAAAGGUGUCUGUUGUAUCUUUUAUAACCUGGGGACCUCCUAUACUAGAUUUCUCGCUUCUUUAUUUUAUCUGUUGUCUUUCAUUUGCUGUCUCAUUUAUUUUACAACCUGUUUCAGUGUCUUUGUAUUGUUUAAAAUGAUUCUGUAUUCAUUUAAAUAUAAUUCAAAAAUUGUGAGUAACACGUAAGUUUCUGUUGCGGAAGGAAAGACAAUUGAUGUAUAAAAAUAUAAAAAUAAAUCGAUACCAUAAAUAUUUCUAUAAAUAUUCUCCGUUAUGGAAAGCAGAAGAAAACUAUUAUGUGUUCUGUUUCAUGUGUUCAUGAUU